UAUAAAAAGGUGAGAGGUCUCUCUUUCUCCUCAUGCUAUUCCAACAAUACACUUUGCAUUUGGGAAAGCCGAAUAUAGUAGAAAAGCAAGAAACUUUGCAUUUGGGAACGCGGAAUAGAGUCGAAAAGCAAGAAGCGUGGAGUUUCUAACAACAAAGUCAUGGCCGAAAGGGAACCGGAAGAAAGAGCAGAUAAUGUCUCCAUUAGUAUUGCCAAAAAGCUUGCUAAUUUUUACCAUCCAUCAUCUGAGUGUUGUAUCUUCAGAAUGUAUGAUAACUUACGGAGGCAAAAUGAGAAAGCCUAUGAACCAUCAAUAGUUGCUAUUGGUCCUUACCAUCGAGGUAAAGCUAAGCUACAACAGAUGGAAGAGCACAAAUUAUGGUACCUACAACAACUUCUCAAUCGAGAAAAAAAAAAGAGUGUGAAUGAUUACAUCAUGGCCAUAAAAGAAUUGGAAGAAAGAGCACGCAAUUGUUAUGCAGAAACCAUUCGCAUCAAAUCAGAUGAGUUUGUGGAAAUGAUGCUUCUUGACAGCUUCUUUAUAAUUGGGUUAUUUCGCAAGUUUAAAGAGGUGGAAUUGGCAGAUGAAAAUGACCAUAUUUUCCAAUCACAGCAGAUUCAAGAUGCAUUACGGCGUGACUUAAUUUUACUUGAAAAUCAGCUUCCAUUUUUUAUCCUUGUUCGUUUGUUCAACAUGACUAAAACGGAUUUAGACUUGCAAAUCAUUCAAAUAGCCUUAACUUUUCUACAAUUCAACGCACCAGACCAGAAGUUAGAAGCUCCUAGAGGAAUCUCAAUCAACAACAUCAAACAUCUACUUCACCUAGUACAUAGUUGUUGGUGCUUUAAGUUUUCUGAGAUGAAUAGAAAUGCAACGGAAAAGCAAUUGGAGUUUAUAAAUUCUGCAACAGAGCUGCAAGAGUCGGGGAUUCAAUUCAAGAAGGCUGAGGAAAGAAACUUGUUUGAUAUAAAGUUCAUUAGUGGGAUAUUGGAAAUCCCAUUUCUAUCCAUCGAAGCAGAAGUAGGUGAGUCUUUCUUCACAAAUCUAGUUGCCUUUGAGGUGUGUCCUUCAUAUCAUUCGCCAAAGUACGUUUGUGACUAUGCCGUCUUCAUGAAUUGCCUCAUCAAUUCCUCCGAGGAUGUUCGUUUACUUCGUCAUAGUGGAAUUAUCGAAAGUUGGGUAGGUGAUGAUGCAGAACUUUACUCCAUGUGGCACAAGUUGUUCAACGUCACCCUAACAGAUACCAAAAAAUUUAGUUACUCUCAAGUUUUCAAUGAUGUAAACAACCAUUGUAAGCGACGCCGAAACAUGUGGAUGGCAAACUUAAAGCGGAAUUACUUCAACAGUCCAUGGGCAUUGAUUUCAAUUUUGGCUGCUACCAUACUACUGCUGCUUACCAUGGCACAAACUAUAUUUUCCAUUCUUUCUUUUGGCAAAGGCAGCUUUAAUUGAGUCCCUAUUAUUGUUUUCUUAAUCGUGUGUGUUAAAUUUGAAUAAGCGAUGUUAUAUGUUAUUUGAUUUGUUUCAUCGUUUUGUGUCAUAUGAUACAUUUGUAAGAGGUGAUAAAUUCUUAUUUGUUAAUCGAGUGUGUUAAAUUUAAAUAAGCAACGAUGCUGUAGUUACUUCA